AUGGCAUUACAGGUCAAAGAUCGUGUUUCAGCCUAUUUCGACUAUUUCCCGCCCAAAUCGAUGGGUGUUGCUAUCGUAACUCAGGACAGCACCAGCUCACAAGGCUCACGGAAAGUAUUGGUAGCAUCCAAGGACUACCAACCUGGGGACCUCAUCUACAAGGAACAACCCGUCGCGACUGUCCUCGACAAUGACCUCCGAAGGCAAGGCACCUACUGCACACACUGCCUGAGACACAUCGAGAAGGGCAUGGCCAUCCCUUCGUCUCCUUCUGAACCCUUCCCUUCCGUCUGGUGCUCAAAGGAUUGCCAGCUCAAAUCCAGGACGCAGUAUCACUCCCUCCUUUUCACUCUCGAUCCACCUUUGCCACCCGACGUCCCUACGCCUCCCGUAUCUCCCCAAGAGCUUGAAGAGCGCCGCAAGGCUCAGUCACUGUUUGCCGAAUACCUCGUAAAGAACGGCAACGCCGCUCCUCUCCUCGCUGCCAAGUUCAUUGCGCGGCAGGUACAAAAUGAGACGUCAAAAUUAAUGGCCAGCGCUCCAUCCACCGAGAUCGACUAUCCAACUGCUGAAGGGGGCGAUUAUGGCCUCACUGAUCAUCUGGAACGGUUGAGAUUCCUGGAAAUUGUACCAUCACCGGAAGAAAUGCGACUCCUUACGGACGUCCUUCAGCAUGCCCUCCCUGGCCUGGAACAAUUCGUGACAGACGAGCGGCAUGCUGUUCUCCUGGGCAAGAUGGCGUACAAUGCAUUUGGUGUCUGCUAUGGCGGAGGACGCACCGACAAGCCGGAGACGGACAAGCGCCCUGAAGACGUCGAAAAGACGCGCACACCUUAUGGAACCGCAAAACAGAUCGGCUGCGGACUGUACGUGGUGUCCGCGUACUUGGUGCACUCGUGUGCGCCUAAUGCUCGGCCUUCGUUUUCCAAUGGUACUGCGGAGCUCCACCUUAUCGCGAACAAGCCGAUCAAAAAGGGAGAUGAGAUCUCCGUCGCGUACGUCGAUGUCACGCAGCAUGAGGGCGAGUCCGCUGUCGAUGCCCGGACGCGCAGAAGGAAAGAAAUCGCCCGGGGAUGGCGGUUCGCCUGCAAAUGCUCGAAAUGCAUGGCAGAAAGUGAAGCAGCGGAGACACCGACUGAAGGAGACGUGCCUGAGACACAAAAAGAUGAGAGUAAGGUUGACUCGGUGUUGACGAGCUUUGAGGAGAAGGAGGGUAAGAUCUGA